AGAAACCAAAAGAGAACACGAUCACGGACUCUGGAUUUUCUCUCGAUUAGUAGCUUCCUUGAAUUCUCUCUCUCUCUAGAAAGGAAGGAUGAGUAGACGCUCUAGCCGAACCAUCUAUGUUGGCAAUCUUCCUGGUGAUAUCCGCGAGAGCGAAGUAGAUGAUCUGUUUUACAAGUAUGGGCCUAUCAUUGAUAUUGAUCUGAAAAUCCCUCCCCGGCCUCCUGGUUAUGCCUUUGUAGAGUUUGAAGAUCCACAUGAUGCUGAAGAUGCCAUUCAUGGGAGGGAUGGCUACAAUUUUGAUGGAUACCGAUUACGAGUUGAACUUGCACAUGGUGGCCGAGGAUCGUCAUCAGUGGAUCGCUAUAGCACUUACAGCAGUGGUGGUGGUCGUGGCGGCGUUUCUAGGUGCUCUGACUAUCGUGUUUUGGUAACUGGAUUGCCUUCUUCUGCUUCAUGGCAAGACCUGAAGGAUCACAUGCGACGAGCUGGGGAUGUCUCUUUUUCUCAAGUUUUCCGGGAUCGUGAUGGAAUGAGAGGAAUUGUAGACUAUACAAACUAUAGCGACAUGAACUAUGCAAUAAGGAAACUUGACGACACUUUGUUCCGUAAUCAAUUUGAGCGGGCUUACGUACGGGUAAUGGAGUAUGAUUCAAGGCGUAGCUUAUCAAGAAGUCGCAGUCCAUAUAUUUCAAGAAGCAGAAGCCCCAGUGGCAGCUAUAGCUAUGAUAGGAGGAGCAGAAGCUAUUCUCCAAGGGCCAGAUAUUAUCGUCGUUCUCCAUCCAGAUCUCGUUUGAGAUCUGUUUCUUCAAGGCCUUAUUCUGUGUCGUCUCGUUCUGUUUCGAGAUCACGAUCAAGAUCCAGAUCUCCAGUCGCAUCACAUCAUCGCCGCAGAAGGUUGAGUGAAAGUCCAGGGAGCAGUGCUAGCAGGAGCAUAUCUCAGUCUCGUUCACCUGUGAGAUCUGAUUGAGUCAGAUUGGUGGACUUGAGCAGCUGCUAGGAGGAUUACUUGUAAACACCAGGACUUCUUUGAGGAUCAGUUAGCUGCAGUUAAAUUAGGUAGUAUUACAGAUCAAUUAGGAUCGGUGCUUCCUUAUAUGAUGAAUCACUCGUGUUUUUUCCGGAUCUCUUUUUAUGUUGGCUUGCCUUCUGAAACUAGUCUUUCAACUUUGUGUUAUUUCCUGCAAUGUUGAUGGGUAUAUGUUGACGGCCCAUCCUUGAAACCCCUGAUCAUGUUAUUUGACUCGUACAAUUGCUCAGAGAGGAGGACGGGCACAACGCAUAAAUGGUGAUUGCCUUAUUAUAUGAUGGCCCUGCGUAGGCCAAGAAUGAAUAUGAACGUUAUUGUAGUUUGUACCUCAUUCUAGUUGUGGUGAUAUAAAUAAUUCUGGUAGGAUGUAAUUUUCCUUGGCUACA